AGCUGGGUAACGUCUAUAAUAUGGAUCAGACGGCUAUUUUUAUUGACAUGGGUGGUAAUACCACCAUUGAUUGUACUGGUAGCGUGACAGUCGACGUGCACCAAGGUAGCGAGACAAAUGGUCUCAGAGCCUCCGUGUUUCUGACCGCUUCUGCUACGGGCAAGAAGCUUCGCCCACUGCUAGUUUUCGCUGGCGUUCCAGGCGGGGCUGUUUCUGGGGAAGUAUGGGAUCCAUCCUUUGGGGACAACCGUGUCGAUCACACGGUGCAGCAGAAAGCCUAUUGCAACGAAGCGGUCAUGCAAGAAUGGAUCGAGCGACCUAAAAGUGCACAAGAUGAACUCCGUUCGUGA